ACUCCCACCCCUCUAAUGAGCACCGGCGCCUCCGCCGUCUCCGUUAAACCCAACCGCCGUUAGGGCUCUUCUCCACUAUCCCCAAUUUCCCCAAUCAGCAAUCCCUUCAUUACGUCCUCGAUCCAAGCCCCAAUCCCAAAUCCGCAGCCUCCUUCAAAUUACUGGGCUGCUUCUUCUUCUCAGAAUAGCUCAACUUUUCGGUUAAAGUUCGAGUCUUUACGAAAUUCUGCGUCUUCCAAACUUGGAUUCGGUCAUUUGAUUGUACCUUCCUUCUCCAAAUUGUAGCCAUUUGUAAAUAAUCAUGCUUGCUGGAGUGAAGUUCAUACCUCGAGACCAGAUUGAUAAAGAUGAGAAUUUGAAUGCUUCUGCGAAACAGAAACAGAAGAAGAGCUCAGGUAAUAAGAAGGGUAAGCGUAGGAGGGAAAGGAGUUCUGGAUAUAGUAGUUCGGAUGGCGAAGAGCUUGAGAGAAUAAAGAAGGGAUCUAAAAAAAAGUGGUAUUCAUCGGAUGAGUACUCAUCAUCAUCAUAUUCUUCGGGAAAUGAAAGUAAGGAAAGUUCUGACCGAGAUAGAAAGAAGUGUCUGAAUAAGAAAAAGAAGAGAUUGAGUAGCAGUAGAAAAGAUUAUAGUUCAGAAGAUCUUUCAUCUGCUUCUGAUAGUUAUUCUGAUAGGAAAGACAAGCGCAAGAAGAGAAGCCGAAAAGAUGGAAGGAAAAAGAGUAGAGAUAGAAGUCAGGCAGGUAUGGAGGAUGAUGAAUAUUCUGACGGUGGUAGAGGAACUAGUACGGUGAAAGAUGGGGAAAUUGUGAGGAAGAAAAUUGGGUUGGAGUGGAUGCUUAGACCUGAAGGAAAAGAGAGAACACCUACUAUUACUGUCGAGGACCAGCCAAAAGAAACUCCAGUUGAAGAGACAAAGAAGGUCAGUCCUAGGGAAUUAAAUCCAUAUUUUAAGGAUGAGGGAAGUGGUUAUCCAGAAGACUAUGAUGAACCUAAAGCUGGUGGGGACCGACUUUUACCUUCCUCUGUUGUUGGGGAUGGAGGUGCAAGUUGGAGACUUAAAGCAUUGAAGCGGGCAAAAGAGCAAGCAACUCGAGAAGGACAAGGGCUCCACGAGGUUGUUGAGGAGCGUUGGGGUUCUCUCGGUAAACUAGCGGCCUCUGUGGGAUCAAAUAAAGCAGCCCCAUCUCGUGCUCAUCUACAUGCAAUACAAAGUAGAAGGAAAGGGGUGAGUGAGGAACAGCAGCCAGGUUCCAACAAUGACAUGGAUAAGAAGGACACUAGCCGGCCCUACCUAAAGGAUGUAUCUAUCCGACAUCCCAAAAUGAAGGAGCCUAAAGUUCAAGGUUCUUUAUCCUGGGGAAAGCAAAAGGGUCAAAAGAGUCGGGAUGUCUCUACCAAGGACUCUGCUCUUCUAGCAGAUGCAGUGUCUAGCAUAAACAGGUUUUCCAAUGAUGGAAGCUUCCUGAGUGAACUUAUUCGUAAGCAGACUAAUGAUUCUAGGAAUCCUGUUAACGAAAAUGUACUCGACACGAGAAAACCCAGCGAAGCCAGUGCUGCUGCCUCUAAGGGUGAACUGAGUGCGAACCAGUUGGCAGCUAAGGCUUUUCAGCUUCGUAUGAAAGGGAAGCAUGAAGAAGCUGAAGUACUUCUGCAAGAAGUAGAAAACCUAAAGGCAAAGCAGGGUGGUGGUGAUAAUCCGAUGAGACCACAAUAUGAAAGAGGUACAAACAGAUAUGCUAUGCAGGAUAUGUCUCUUCGUCAAAAGAAAAAGGAUGAUGAUGGUGACAUGCAUCUAGCCAAAAAGAUAAUGCAGAACAAAAAAUAUAGUAUAUCUGGUCAGGCAGAUGAUGAAUACGACUUUGAUGAUGGUCCAAUGAGAAAGUCUAAAAAGAAGCAGGGAAGUGAUGAUCGCAAGGUCACCCAGAAGAAUACAUUUGCAAAUCGUUUCUCCAUUCAGCAAGAACGCUGCCUUUUCUGCUUUGAAAAUCCAAAGAGACCAGCGCAUCUGGUUGUGGCAAUUGGAAAUUAUUCAUAUUUGAUGUUGCCACAGCAGAAGCCUGUUGUGGAUGGUCAUUGCUACAUUUUGCCGAUGCAGCAUGUACCAGCCACAAGAACUCUUGAUGAUCAUGUGUGGGAAGAAAUUCGAAAUUUCAAGAAAUGCCUUAUUAUGAUGUUUGCGAAGCAAGAGAAGGAUGUUGUCUUCCUUGAAACAGUGAUGGGGUUAGCUCAACAGCGCCGCCACUGUAUAAGCGAGUGUAUUCCUUUGCCCCAGGAUAUAGCUAAAGACGCUCCAUUAUAUUUUAAAAAGGCAAUUGAUGAAGCUGAAGAUGAGUGGAGCCAACACAAUGCCAAAAAACUUAUUGAUACAAGUGUAAAGGGACUGCGAGGUUCAGUUCCAGCUAAUUUUCCAUAUUUCCACGUGGAGUUUAGUUUAAAGAAGGGGUUUGUCCACGUGAUUGAUGAUGAAACACAGUUCAAUAGCAGCCUUGGCCUGAAUGUUAUAAGAGGCAUGCUUGAGUUGCCUGCAGAAGACAUGCAUCGCCGUGGACGAUAUGAGCCAGUGGAAGCGCAAAAGCAAGCCGUUAAGAGGUUUGAUCAAGAUUGGGCGCCGUUUGACUGGACAAAACAGCUUCAUCAAUCCUAAUGAUCCUCAUCAUUUUUUAUAUGGAUUGUCACUUGAAUUUCUUCACCUGGAUUUAUCUUGCAUCUCAUUGAAGGAUAAACACCUGUACUGUAGUUGAAGCGUUGGAAAGAGAUAAGUUCAUUGGAGCUACAAGUGCUCACAAGGGAACAAUCUGAAAAAAGGAUCACAUGCAUGCUUAAUUUUGUAGAAGAAUAAGGUUAAAUGUAAUUACAAAAUGAGGAGUGAAAUUCUUUGUUUGGUCAAAA